AUGGCGACUCUCGACUUCCUCAAGAAAGCCCUUUGGGAGAAAGGAACCGGGACAGCGUCUACUACUCCACGACUGUCUGACUCGCAGUACCUUCAUGGCUUCAGUAUCUUGGCUCGAGGAUCAAACGCCUACCAAGACUUCAUCAUCCCUCAGCUGGCUCAGCUGGCUCCUCUUGUAAACUCAGAUUCUCCCAUCUCAGUCCUCGAAAUCGGCCCCCGCCCCAAGAGCAUCCUUGGAUACCUGCCUGAGCACCUGCGAAAGAAGAUUGGGAAAUACUCCGCACUCGAGCCCAACCAGCUGUUCGACGGCACCAAAAAAGCUCGAGAAGCUGUGCAAUGGGUUUAUGAUGCCGAGAAGUUAUUGCCCCUGAGCGCCGGAGUGUAUGGGGCUGAUCUCGGACCGGACCCGAGAGACAAGACACUGGCAGCCUGGGCUUUUGGACCAAACCGGACCCGUCUUGCAAAGCUCAAACGCCGCCUGGAUCCGGGCAAUGUUUUGGCAUAUACCUGCCCUUUCCUGGAGGCACCAAAGCAGAAGCUUGUGAUCCUCGUCACGGGCGAGAGCGGUUCUGGUAAAGACUACUGUGCCGACAUCUGGGCCUCUGUCUUCGUCAUGAGUGCAAUCAGAGCUCGUGUUGUCAGCAUUAGCGAUGAGAUCAAGCGAGAAUACGCCGCUGCUACCGGUGCUGACCUGGGACGUCUCCUCUCGGACCGGGCUUACAAGGAAGAGCAUCGACCAGAAUUGACCGAGUUCUUCAAGGAAAAGCUAAUGAAACGACCUGAGCCCCGAAAGGAACAUUUCCUGAAGGCGAUGAAGAACGUUGUGGAUGUGGACGUGUUGAUGAUUACUGGGAUGAGAGACGAGGCGCCACUGUUCGCCGAGGGUGCCAAACGCCAUCUACUUCCAUUCUUCCAUGAAGAUCUGGAACGCCUGGCCAGCAUGGUGCCCACCAUCCCGGAUUAUCCAACCCCAGUUGACUUCCGCCACGUGCUUAACAUUGCCUCGAGCCCCAACGGACUGACUCUGUGUACUUCUUUGUUCAAGACUCACUUUGCAGGGGACUGGGCCAAAGUCGAUGCCAUAGCUUCCUGCGAAGUUGGCGGCUUUCUCUUUGCGUCGCCCUUGGCCCAGCAGCUCGAUAAACCCUUGGUACCGAUCCGCAAGGCCGGUAAACUGCCUCCGCAAGUUGUAUUGGUCCCCAAGUUGUCAUCGCACGUCUCGUCUUUGGCGGAGCGUUAUUCUACAGAGCAGGGGAUUGAGGUGAACCCAGAUUUGAUCUCCGAGGGUGUGUCAGUUGUGGUGGUUGACGAUGUACUUGCCACAGGGACAACGCUUUGUGCUGUGCUCCAACUGCUGUGUAAAGCUGGAGCUCGCGUUGAGGACAUCAGCGUCAUGAUUGUGGCCGAGUUUCCCUAUCACGGUGGUCGAGGAUUCUUGCAGAAGCAUGAUUUUGGAAGUGUCAACAUCCAGAGACUUUUGGUCUUUGGCGGUGCGUAG